UUACCGUACAGUGCGAUUGUUGUUGUGCUUAUUAUUUUGUAGAUAAUAGUUUUAUUAUUACGUACACUAUACUUUUCCUCCGUACAAGGUCCCUAUGAGGAGGACAACGAGAUGAACACACUGAGUCAGGUCAUUGAUCAAGAGCAUAUGAUCAAAAUUACAUCGAAUUUCACAAGGUUGGGAGACAGAUGUUAUUUGGAAAAUGCGGGGGCCACGUUAUAUCCGCAAUGUUUACUCACUGCUGUACAUGAAGAUCUAGUGAAUAAUGUCUACAUGAACCCUCACUCAGAUAAAUAUACUAAAGACUGCGUAGAACAAAUCCGCAGUAGUAUCCUUAAGCACUUCAACACAGAUCCGUCUACUUACACAGUUGUAUUUACAGCGGGGACAACAUCCGCACUGAAACUAGUCGUUGAAUCUUUUCAAUUUUCUGUAGACGAUAUAGACAAUGAGAGAAACAGCGGCUCAUUCGUGUAUUUGAGAGAUAACCACACAUCGGUGCUUGGUUUGAGGGAAAUUGCUGCUGACAAAUAUGCUGAUAUUAUACACAUAUCCCAUGAAGACUUCCUAUUAGCUGUUAGUAAUAACGAAAAGUCACAUUUAAUGCGAAAGGACAAAUUCCUAAACAAGGAUGAUGCCAACACAUUGCUGGUAUACCCUGCACAGAGUAAUUUCAAUGGAUUUAAGUAUCCCAUUGAUUGUAUGGAGCUCAUAAGAAAUGGAUGCCUUAACAAUCACUUAAAAAAACAAUUGUGUCAAAUCAAUAAUAACUGGUACAUUCUCCUUGAUGCAGCUUCAUUUGUGUCAACAAAUAGAUUAGAUCUGUCUGCUACCCAACCAGAUUUUGUGUGCCUCUCCUUCUACAAGAUAUUUGGGUACCCAACUGGAUUGGGGGCAAUUUUAAUUAAGAAUAGCAGUAGUGAUGUUCUAUCCCAAAAGAAAUAUUUUGGAGGUGGGACUGUUGAUUUUGUUUUAAGUACAGAAGAUAUGCAUGUGAAGAGGAAAGAUUUGUAUGAAAGGAUGGAAGAUGGCACGAUACCAUUUUUAUCAGUGCUUUCAUUGAAACAUUGUUUUGACACUAUGCACAAGUUAAUACCUAAAUCAAUAUACGAUGAUAUAAUGGAUACAGUAUCGUACCACACAUAUUUCUUAGCGAAAGACCUUUAUUUCCAACUGCACGACUUGAAACAUGCAAAUGGUAAUAAGGCAGCUGUUACAUACAUGGAUUCCAACUUUAGUGAUAUUAGAAAACAAGGUGGAAUUGUUACAUUUAAUCUUUUAAGAGAAGAUGGCUCCUAUAUUGGUUUCGUUGAGUUUCAACAUAUGGCAGAUUUAUUCAAUAUCAAUGUUAGAACGGGAUGUUUUUGCAAUUCCGGCUCCUGUCAACGCCAUCUAGUAGCUUCUAAUAAAGAAUUGAAAGAAAUGUACAAAUCUGGUCACGUAUGUGGCGACGAGGUAGAUCUCAUUGAUGGGAGACCAACUGGAGCAAUUAGAGCUUCAUUUGGAUACUUUAACACAUUCAAUGAUGUGGAUAAACUAAUACAUAUGAUAUGCCGGUGCUUCGUCAAAACGAAAAUGAAACCACCAAAACGUUACUUAUCAAUGAGUCAUAGAACAAUAAUAGAUGCAUUAAAAAGUAAUAAAUUAUACAACGGCAUAGCACAAGCACAGAAAAUAUGGAAUCAACACGAGUUCUUUUUCAAGAACGACGUAGAAGAUAUUCCGCAUCAUAUUAGUGAUGCUAAAAUCACAUUAAAAGAAGUAGCCAUAUUCCCGAUCAAAUCUUGUGGAGCUUUUAAAAUUAAGUCUGCAUGGAAAAUUGGACCUAAAGGAUUUGAAUAUGAUAGGGAUUGGAUGAUUAUAAAAGAUAAUGGCGUAUGUUUAACACAGAAACACACUCCUAGAAUGUGUUUGAUAAAACCUAAAAUAGAUCUGCAAAGAAGAGUAAUGGUAUUAUGCUUUGAAGAUAAGCCUCCAGUAUCAGUGCCAUUAGAUGUUACGUCCGACAAGAAAACGAAGAAUUCAUCGCUAUGUCGUAGUAAAGUUUGUACAGACAUCAUCCAAGGUUAUGACUGUGGUGAUGAAGUAGCCGACUGGAUAUCGGAGGCCUUAGAAAUAUCCUACUUGCGUCUUAUUAAACAAUCUAGUGACGACACUAGAGCCCAAAAGAAGAAACAAAAUGGCGAAAAGAAACUGCUUUCAUUAAGUAACCAAGCUCAAUUCCUCUUGAUAAACAAAGCCACAGUUCGAUGGUUAAGGGAAAAGAUUCAGGAUCCUCUAUUCGUCGAUGACGUAGACAGUUUGGCCGACCGAUUUAGAGGAAACCUCGUCAUUGAUAUGGAAGAAGAACUCGCCGAACGAGAUUGGCACAGAGUCAUUAUUGGGAAUCAAGAGUUCAAGGUCGAAGGCCUCUGCCCAAGAUGCCAAAUGGUGUGCAUCGACCAACAAACAGGUUAUAAAACAGUAGAACCUCUUAGGACAAUCUCUGAACAGUUUGCUGGAAAGCUGCGAUUCGGAAUUUAUUUAAGUUAUGUGGGUGCAGCGGACAAUUCUAAAGACCGGUACCUAAAAAUACAUACACCAGUAAAACCUAUAAUAAAUGAAGACGAUAUAAGUAGGUGAAACAUAUAGAUAAGCGUGUGGUUAUAAGUUUAUAACGUUAUUAUAAUUUAAGAAAAUAUAUUUUCUUAUUUGGGGUUACUUAAUGUAAGGUGGUGGGGUUAUAUAAUUGGGUUUCUGAAUUAUUUUUUUACUCGAUAAAUAUGGGAUUUACUUUAAAGUCUUGCCUUCUGGGGCUAUGAUCCGUAUCUCAUUAAACGGUCAGAAUUUUUUUAGAUACAAAAUAAUAAAUUGUGUCUUCACAUUUGAAUCAUACCAAAAACUAUGAUUGCACAAAUAAUAAUGACGACCAAAAUCGUAAUUUUAAAAACUAAUGUUCGGGAUACAACCAGCCUGUAUGUAAAUAACAAUUAAGCUCCAGUGCUUAAAAAUAGCUAUUAUCAAACAAAUGAGUAAUUAAUUUAAAAACGAAGGGUUUAAAAAUGUACUGUGUGGCUGAAAUCCCACUACAUUUGAACCUUAAAUAUUUUUAUAUAUCGUACAUAGAAGCAAUGCAAUAUUUGUCAAACUCACAACUAAUUAGACCUUCAUGAGAUAUGGACUGGUCCUUUAAAUAAAUAAUAUUUUUCUAAAUUUCAAAAUCUUUAGUUAUAAUGUUGUAAUAUAGUGUGCAGGAUAUACAGGCUGUGAUAUGUAAAUUACACAUAAUAAUAUAUUUAUGUAAAAAUUCUAAAUUCUCGUUUUCGUAAACAUAUUUUUAAAAUAGUAACUAGUUUAUUUAUAAUGUGAUAUCUAUUUUACAAAAUAUUGGAGUAUUUAAAUACUACAACUUUUUAUUGCCGCUAUAUUAGCCAAAGGAAAUCUUAUUUAAUUGUGUUAAAUAAUAAAUUCCUAGCAUAUUGGGUGGAUAUAUAAUGUUACUAUUACCCAAAUAAGCAGAUAGAGGCUGUCUACUUGAUUAGUUUUUUUUUAUGAAAAAUUAAUGAAUUUAUAAAGAGACUGAAUGAUAAUAAAAUUGCCAAUAAACAGUCUGCAAAUGCAUUUAUAAAUUCAAAAUUUGUUUGAUACUAAUUGGCUGCUUACAUUCCAUUACAUUUUAAGUAGAUUCAAAAUUUAAGUUGGUUAAACCAUAUACAUAGUACCAAAAUGUAAUUUCUUGUUUGAAAUAAAGAGUAUAUUUUUUCAUAUUAUAAAAAAGAAAUCUAUCCAAAAAUUGUAUUUUUAUGUAUUGUAAAG